AUCAAUGCCAGCUUUCAGUGCUCAUCAAUGUCACCUGCCAGUGCCCAUCAGAGCCUCCUAUCAGUGCCAGUCAGUGCCACCUAUCAAUGCUAGCCAGUGCCACCUAUCAAUGCCAGUCAGUGCCGCCUAUCAGUGCCAUAUAUGAGUGCUGCCUUUCAGUGCCCAUCAGUGAUGCCUGUCAAUGCCCAUCAGUGCCACCUAUUAGUGCCCAUCAGUGCAGCCUAUCAGUGCUCAUCCUUGCAGCAUCAUUAACGCACAUCAAUGAAGGAGAAAAAUCACUUAUUUACAAAAUUUGUAUA